UCAAGUGCUCGUGAUCCGCCGGUAAACAUUCCAUCUUCCUCGCUUUUCAUCCUCUCUUUUAUCUCCGCGAGAGAGAGAGAGAGGCAAAGGGCGACAGCAGGGCGACUCUUCUUCUUCCUUUCUGUCUCAUCACCUGUUGAUGCUUACUCAGAGCGCCAUGAAAAUGGUUGCUUUUCUGUUCUUUUGAUCCCAACUGCAGAUAGCUACAGGUCAUCCCUCUCUCUCUCUCUCUCUUUUUCUGGGUCCUGCUUGCUCUGUUGCUUUGCACAUUAGUUUGAGAGAGAUGGGAGAGCCUCUUGGGCAGCUGAAAGUGACUGUUGUCAGGGGAAAAAGGCUGGUGAUUAGGGACUUCAAGAGCAGUGACCCUUAUGUUGUACUCAAGUUGGGCAAUCAGACUGCAAAGACCAAGGUUAUAAGUAGCUGUCUUAAUCCUGUUUGGAACGAGGAGCUUACUCUCUCACUCUCAGAACCUGUUGGAGUGUUACACAUAGUGAGUUCUGAUCCUUUACGACUCCAUUGUAUUACUGCCCUUGCUUUGCCAAUUAAGAGAUCCUCCAGACCAACCUUUUCGGACAUCCAGGAAGUGUUUGAUAAGGACCGUUUCAAGGCAGAUGAUAAGAUGGGGCACGCCCAAGUCAACCUUCAACCAAUAGUCUCUGCUGCUCGCUUGAGGCAGAUCCUAAAGUUGUCUUCAGGCGAAACGACACUGAGAAAGGUUGCCCCUGACAGUGAGAACUGUUUGGUCCGAGAAAGCUCCAUCACCUUCGUAAACGGUGAGGUGGUCCAAGAUGUUUAUUUGAGGCUUUGCGAAGUUGAGUCGGGAGAGGUCGAACUGAAGCUCAAGUUCAUAGGAGCGUCUGCUGGAGGCAUGAGGUAGUGCAGAAAGAUAUUCGAGUUGAAGCCGAGACCCUAGCAAUGGCAUAGGAUUUGUCCUUUGAAGUAAUCUGAUGAACUGAGAGAGAUAUUUUCUACUUGUUCAUGUAUUGGUUUGUCUGUAAAUUGUCUUAGAAUGUCUAAUCUAAGUAGUUUGUGUCUGUGUGAGAAUGAGAAUUGUAUGAUUUUUUUUGGUUUGAUGAACUUCCAACACCUCAGAGGUUCUAUGACUGUGACUAA